AUGGGACGUCUACUCGGCUUAGAGCUUCAUAAUUUCAAGUCCUACAAAGGAACCGUAAGUAUCGGUUUCGGGGACUCUAACUUCACCAGUAUAAUAGGACCCAAUGGAUCCGGAAAAUCCAAUCUCAUGGACGCUAUCUCGUUCGUGCUGGGCGUGAAAAGUGUACAUCUGCGAUCGCACAUGUUGGCGGAUCUCAUUUACCGGGGAAGUUUGGCAGGAGGAGAAACAUCGGCUGCGGAAAGUUGGCUUUACGAUACCCCAAAUCACCCGUCUUCUGCAUAUGUGAAAGCCUUUUACAGCGCUACCAACAACUCCGAUGAUUACGUAGAGCUCUGCCGCACAAUUACACGCGCCCAGGACAGCUCUUACAAAAUUGAUGGCAAGACCGUGAGUUACAAAAAGUAUAGUGAUUUCCUCGAAAGCCAAAACAUUCUCAUCAAAGCACGCAAUUUCCUCGUUUUCCAAGGUGACGUCGAACAGGUGGCAUCGCAAAAACCUCAAGAGCUUACUACCCUACUCGAACACGUCUCGGGUUCCAUACAGUACAAGCAAGAGUACGACAAAUUGCGCGAAGAGCUAGACAAGAUCCGAUCUGCCACUUCUGAACUUAUUCAGUCCAGAAAAAGAGCCCAUGCUGGUCUCAAAAGCUUCAAAGAGGGCAUCGACAGAGACGAAGAGUACCGCAAGUAUCUUGAGGAACGCAAAGAAACUCAGCAACGUCUGGUGGUGUGGCAGUUAUUCCAUUUACAGGCUCAAAAAGAAUUGAUGAACAAAGAAUUAGAGGGCUCAAAGGCAGAACUUCGCGACAUCGAGGCGCGCCUGAGUGUGGACGAGGGCCUUCUGAAAAAGCAGCAAGUCUCAUUCGCAAAGGCACAGAGCGUGAUUUCUAAACAGAGGAUAAAACUUUCGGCAAAAGUGAAGAGUAAGGAGUCUUUGGAUUCAUCACUUCUACCAAUAGAAUGCUCGAAGGAGAGUGCUUCAAAACGAAUUCAAACUGCUACCUCUAAGAUAGAAGCUUUGCAAAAGGAUGUUGACCGGCAAGAGUCACAGCUGAAACAAUACACUCAACAACUUGAAGUCGUCAGCAAAACAAAAAAUAGCGCUCAGCGAGACAUGGAAGAAUCAGCAAAAAAUUGCGGAGAGUAUAAACUAAGCGAGGAAGACCUAAAGACAUACGAAGACCUGAGAGAAUUAUAUCUCAGUUCUGGUGGGUCAACUCUCGAGGAUAAAUUGCUUCUCGAAAAGAAUGACGAACAAGAGCUCAUGGAUGAGAUGGAGCUAUACACUCAAAAAUUAAAUGAUUCGAUUGUAAAGGUGAGCGAAGAGCUAGGUAUCGAACAGAUGAGUCUAGAGUCGGACUUUGAUCAAUUGGCCAAAGAAGUAAAAGAAAAUACAGCCGAAGUUACGGGCUUGAUCAAAAAACUCAAGAGUCUGCAGUCGCGAGCCGAGUCAAACAGCAGUAAAGAGUACGAGAUGAAUUACAAACUAAAAGAGACCUUAAUCAAGCUCGACGAUAUGAAUGCUACCCAAAGAGAAAGCACCAAAGAACGAAAGCUCAGAGAAAACGUUUCAACGUUAAGGCGAUUGUUUCCAGGUGUAAGGGGUCUUGUCCACGACCUGUGUCAGCCUAAAAAGGAUAAAUAUGCUGUUGCUAUCUCAACUGUGCUCGGCAUGAACUUUGACUCAGUUAUAGUUGACAAUUUGUCGGUCGCGCAACAGUGUGUUUCAUUUUUGAAGAAACAGCGUUCUGGAGUUAUUUCUUUCAUUCCUCUGGAUACGAUAUCAGUUAGUAAGAUCUCUAUGAUCUCCGCAGAUGCGGAUGGUUGCAUGUUAGCAAUCGAUGCUGUCGAUUACGAGCCCGAACUCGAGAAAGCUUUCCAGUAUGUGUGUUCGGAUGCUAUAAUUUGCGACACGCUGACAAUUGCUAAGGAUCUACGGUGGAGGCAAGGCGUUAAGUCUAAGAUUGUCACGCUGGAAGGUGCCAUCGUGCACAAAGCAGGUCUGAUGACCGGUGGUACAUCAAAGAGUUCUGGGAACAGAUGGGACAAAGAAGAGUACCAAAACCUAAUGUCCCUGAAAGAUACGCUUCUCAAUGAAAUUUCCGAGCUUUCUUCCUCGGCUCGUUCUGAUUUAGAAAGGAUUCGAGAUCUUGAGAAUAAACUGUCGCUCAAAAGCGCUGAGAAGGCGGAGCUUAAUACUCGUUUUUCCCACUCUCAGAGGCUAUUGAAAGAGAAGCAGGUGGAAAUUGACUACCAGAAGCAACUUGCAGAGCAAGAGUUCAAACCUCAAAUUGAGAAACUCCAGAACAGCAUAGCUCAGCGCGAACAGAAAAUCUUCGAGCUGGAAGCGCAAAAGAAUAAGCUCCAGGAAUCCAUCUAUGCUGAUUUCACUAAAAGAAUGGGCUUUACAGCAGCAGAGUACGAAGCGCACUCCGGGGAAGUAAUACGCAAACAAUCAGAGGACGUCAGAAAGCUACAAAUGCAAAUGGCCACAAUUGAAAAAAAACUGGAGUUCGAGACUGAAAGGUUCAGGGCAACGCAAGAACGUCAGCAGAAAGCUCAAGUGGAUGUAGAAAAGGCAAAAAUAAAGCUCGAAGCCCUGGAAACGAGCCGAAACAAGAUCGUCAAACAGAUCUCGGACGAGGACGCCGAAAUAAAAGAAGAAGAAGAUCGCUUGGAGAAAGCACAGCUAGAGGUUAGCAAACUGUCGCUGGGUUUGAACUCCCUGGAGGAGAAUAUCUCAGAAAUGACCGAAACCCUGAACAUUUGCAGAAGCAAGCAUGCCGGGCAGUCCGAAAACCUUGAGAAGACGCUUCUUGAAAAAAUAAGCAUUUUGAAGAAUUGCAAAAUGCUCGACAUUGACCUGCCAGAGGGCUCUUCUUCGCUUGAAGCUAUUUCGCUAAAUCGGGUGGACGAUGAGGCUCUUCAAGCUGCGGACGAAGUGCAAAUAGAUUUCUCCGGGUUGAGCCGUAAGUUGCGCCAGGACAGCGGCGUUGAGGUCGAGGAAGAAUUCAAAAAGAACAUAACAGACCUGGAUGAACUGCUGACUGUGCUGCAACCGAAUUCGAAGGCCGCCGGGAGGUACGAAGACGCCAAAAUCAAAUAUGACCAGGUUUACGCAGAGACAGAGAAGAGUAAGGCGGUGGAGAAAAAAGUCAGCGAGCAGUUUUCCGCGGUGAGAAAGGUCAGAAAAGACGCGUUCGACAAGGCAUUUGACCACAUCAGCGACACGAUAGAGGGCGUUUACCGCGAGCUGACCCGAGAUCCGCACUCAACGGCUGCGCUUGCAGGGGGAAACGCAAGUUUGACGCUGGAAGAUGAGGACGAGCCGUACCUGGCCGGAGUUCGGUACCAUGCGACACCGCCCACGAAACGCUUCAAGGACAUGGAGUAUCUAUCUGGAGGUGAGAAGACGAUUGCUGCGCUUGCGCUUCUGUUUGCGAUUAAUUCCUUCCAGCCUAGCCCAUUUUUCAUCCUGGACGAAGUCGAUGCUGCCCUUGACGUCUCCAACGUCGAACGGAUCGCCACUUACAUUCGCAGACAGGCACGCACGGACCUGCAAUUUAUUGUCAUCUCCCUCAUCAAUACCAUGUUUGAAAAGUCGCAAUCGCUGGUGGGUGUGUUCCGUCAGCAAAGUCAAAACACUUCUAAAGCCCUGACCUUGAAUCUCGAAAACUACGCAGACUGA